CUGGGUCAAAGAAGUUGUAAACACAAGGAUUUGGGAACAAACCAGAUGAUUGUAUUGGGUGAUAUAAACUACUGUACGAUCAUGACUUGUUCAGAUCCUCUUAAGGAACACACACCACAUUCAGGAUGAGUUGGGUUGGGUAUCUGGGCCUGCUGUCCGUUUUGGCUCUGACUGCUGUGUAUUCAGCAUCCGUAUCCGGCAGAGCAACUAAAGCCAAGCGUGAGUUGUUGAUCUGUGCCUUCAACAUCAAGACAUUUGGCAAGGCAAAAAUGUCGGACGCUGAGAUAGCGGAGUACAUCAAGCAGAUUGUUUUGCGAUAUGACGUCAUUUUGAUUCAAGAGAUCCGUGACAUCAGCGGAGAGGCAAUCCAGCAGCUAUGGACCAUGGUCAACGCCACCCGACCAUACGGAAUGACGAUCAGUGAACGACUCGGGCGCUCAUCAUACAAAGAACAGUACGCCUACUUCUACAGGUUGUCGAGCCUACAGUUGGUGGGGACCCACCAGUAUGACGACGGCCCGGAUGAUUACACGGAUAUCUUUGAGAGGGAGCCGUACAGCGUGCUGCUGCAACCAAUAGGCGGAUCAAUCGGUGACGCCUUCGCUCUGACGGGCAUCCACGCCAAACCCGAUGACGCCGUGGCAGAAAUAGGUCACCUCGAGACCGUGUACUAUGAUGUCUACAACCACUGGAGAAUCCCGAAUAUAAUAGUGCUGGGUGACUUCAAUGCCGACUGCUCCUACGCCUCGGAGGCCGAACUGUCCACCAAGGCUUUCUAUACAAACCCGAUGUAUCAGUGGCUCAUUGAUAGCAAUGCCGACACCACCACAUCUACAACAGACUGCGCCUACGACAGGAUUGUGGUGACCGGAAAUAGAAUGGUGACGUCAGUGAUUCCUGGGACAGCAGAAGUUUAUCGCUUUGAUCAAGUCUUCAGCCUGAGCUAUGACCGGGCGUACGAUCUCAGCGACCAUUACCCCGUGGAGGUGACCUUGAGUUGGUGAGGUCAGCAUAAAUGUAAAUCAACAACGCACUUAUAAUGUAGCGACAUUAAAGCAUUGGUGUCCUUGAA